UUCCGUUUUAAUUCUGAAAAUGUCGGAAUUCCCCUACAUUCUACGCAGUUCGUCAUUCCUUUUGAAGUAAAUGGUUUUGAGCACUUCUAAAAUGCUCAGUUCUAUUCAUGUCAUCUUUCGUGUCAAACGAUCAGCUUUCAUAUACCGUGAUUCUCGCGAUAACUCUGUCAGAAGAAUGUAUAAAGCUAUUUAACAAGAACUGAGCAAUGCCUCUUGUUGCAAUUGUUUUAUCCGAUUUCCAAAAAAGUGCUGAUAAUGAGCUAUCAGUAAAAGAACACGAGUUACUGAACGUUGUUGACAAAAAUGAUGAAAACUGGUGGAAGGUGAGCACUCGGUUUGGUGAAACUGGAUUGGUGCCUGUAAAUUGUUUGGCAGCGCCUGUUACUGACGAAGCCAUAAAGAUCAAAUCUCGAGAGAAAACGUUAAUUAGAUAUGACAGCGAAUACGAAGAUGCGUUGUCAGUUUAUAAAGGACAAGAGGUGGCAAUUUUCGAUAAAAGUGAUAAUCAUUGGUGGUAUGUCGGAUUCCGAGGUCAAAUUGGCUACUUGCCAAAAAAUAUUUUUGAAGAAUGCACGGCACUUGAAAAAAACGACAAGCGAGAUUUGCAAAAGUUUGCAUUCCAAGUAAUAGUGCCUUCAAGAGCUUUAUGUAAAGAAGAAACUGAUGUUCUUGUCACAUUUCAAAAAGCUCUUCCAAACAGGGGGCAAUAUUUUGUCAACUUCAAAGGAAAUCAGAGUGACUUUACGGUUCUUGGUGAAUUCCUCAACGAUUUCACAUUAAAGAUCACCACGCCAAUAUGCUCUGAAGCCGAAAAAACAAAAGUAACAAUCCAUCAUAAACAAUUUGGACUCCCCCAGCAGCUAAUUGCUGAAGGAAUUGAUUUUGAGUUUGAAUCUAAUACAGAUGUCACUUAUCGCCUUCUAAAGACAGAGGAUGCUCCCUUGAAUAUAGUGCACAAUUUACUUGAAAUUUUCAACCCUAAAUAUGAAGACUUGAGUGAUAGCGACAUAGAUCGUGCUUACGAUUAUGCAACUGUUAGAUCAUGGAAGAUCAUGGAAGAUUGCUAUAAUAAAUACAUUAUCAAUAAUUAUCAGUAUACUUUCAUGGAUAUCAGGGAACAAAAGGAUGAAGGCGAUUGUGACGUUUCAGAGACUUUAAGUAUUGAUGACGAGAGCAUGAAUAGAGACUUGAAAAGAAUGACAGAAAAAGAGGUUAUACUCGCUCUACUUGCAAAGUGCGUCAAAACAAAACGUGUAACACAAGAGCAGGCACAGCAAAUAGCGGAGACAUUGUACUUUAAGACGAAAGACUUUGAGCCAGUUUAUGAAGCUAUUGAAGAUGAAGGCCCAGGUUAUGUUGAUGAUUCCAAUAAUGGUGACAAUGCCAAUGAAAACAGUUCAGAGGAAGAAAUCGUUUUCGCUGAAUGGAUUAAAUACUUUCUGGACGAUGACUACAACAUUCGAGACGAGGUCCAUAACAAAUUAGAAGAAAUAUUGUGGAUUACUGGAGCCCAUGGUAUCGUGCAUAAAGAUAAAAACAAAGAGAUGCCAUAUGAACAUUUGUAUGUCACAGUUGAUAACCAGGAAAACAAAUCAGAAGAUAUUUUAAGAAAUGAGAUCGAUGAAAAGUUUGGAUUAGAAACUUCAAAGUUUAUUGAAUUCCGGCGUGAACAACGGAAGAAACGCAAGUUCUUAUUUUCAUCCAAUCUCCGUGCUAAGGAUGGUAUCUUGCCAAUAAAUGGCGACAUACAGAUUCAGGAUAGCAAUAGUUCUCGGAAUAAUCAUAUUUCUCACAUGAACGAUAUUUCUUGCAGCUCUCUGACAAUGUUCUGUUGCAAAAAAGAAAUGUAUUAUGCAUUGACUUGUGCACAUGUUGCUUGUGUUACAGACCAACUUUCUGUCUCAAAAGCAUUUGGUCAAGAAAAUGAGGUUUCGAUAAUAAUUGAUAACGUGAAUGCUAGAAAUGAGAAUGAUGGUAACAAGUAUUUCUACCAGCUUCCUAACUCUGACGAGAAAAGACAACUGGGUGGUUUUCCCUGCAACACGGUCAGUACGUUUGACAGUGAAUCUGAUAUGAUGUAUAUUCCAAUUGGAAAGAAAAAAGAUUUCCAACAUCUCGGUGGAGAUGAUUUGGAAAAUUUUUCUUUGAACUUAAAAGAAACAAACAAAGAGCUUUACGAAACAGCAAACAGCAAUAAAGGUCUUGUGGAAGUUCGUACAAGUAAUCACAUCACAGGUGUUAUUAGUGACCGAAACUUUUCCUGCACUGACGGAAACUUAAAACCUAUUUUCAAGAAUGCUGUGAUGGUAAAAAGUACGGAUUCCUUUCUACAGAAUGGAGACUCUGGAAGUCUCGUUUAUUUCAAAGAUCGAAAAAAUAAUUGGCAGCCAUUUGCUUAUGCUGUGUGCGAAAUAGAUGAUGAUGAUGAUGAUGGCGAUGAUGAUAUUGAAACUCCCGAGAAACACUUUUUGUGUUUAAAAUUGGAUAAAGCUUUGAAGAUGCUAGAUCUCAAGAACUGCAAGUACUUUAAGAAGAAUCAUCUUUGUUCUUUGUCACGUGAAGAAUUGAACUCUUAAACUGUUCUUCUGCAUUCAUUUAUCAACCAGUCUUGGUAUGGAAUCACAUAAGUAAUUUUCACUUUAUUGGAUUUAGAAAAUAAACUGUAAACUUAUUAUAGAUUUGUAUAAUGCACAAUUUAAUUAUUUAGAAAAUCAAUUUAUUUAAGUGAAAAAGUUGUACAGUAAGAAUUUUGACCCAAAGUUUCUAGAAGUUUGAUGAUAUUUUUAAAAAGUUUAUAAAACACAAUGGUUUAGUGCAGAGGAUUCGUAUAGUUAUGGUAAAGAAUAUUUGCUCAAAUAUUCAGUGACAGUGGUGACUUGUGGUUGAUCCGUAAACAAUAUCAUGAACGUACAGUCUAUAAUUUAACAAGUGUAUUACUAUAAUUGUAAUUUGUAAACCUAUAAAAGAUCACGUACGAUUGUGCAUAUUCAAUAUAUUAUUAUGUUUAUAAACUCAGUGCUCACGAGCAUGUCCAUAUUUCAUAAUUUGAUUGACUGACCAGAUGUAUUACUUGCUGUAUAAGCAAGUUUCUUAGUGAUAUAACUGUUGAAACUAUCAAACCUUGCAAUAUGAGAAGAUUUUGCUUAUCAGAAAAUAAAAAACCUAUACCAGAA